CCCGCUCGGUUCCAGGAUGGCCAGGCUCCUGCGGAUGUUGCGGAGGAAGGCUCUGCCGGUGGCCCCAGAGCCUGAGGGAAGCAGCUGCCGCCUUCCCGAGGGGCAGAGCAAGCCCUGCGUCCCCGCUGGCGGGGAAGCAGCUCCCGUCCAGCCCAGACGGCGGAAGUGCCCGGCCUUCUGGAAAAGGACCCCGGCUCCCGGCGCAGGCGCCGAGCUGGGAGCGGCCCCGACCAGGCCCCGGUGGAGCUGGCCCAGGCUGCGGUUUUGCAGACGGGACCCAGCCCAGGAGGGGCGCCGGGCAGGGUGGCUCUGGGGCUGGUUGUGUGGGCAGCAGCGGCCCCAGGAGCCCAGCCCUCCUUCCCAUCAGGAGGCCUCGCCCUGCCCGCUCUCUGAGGCCCUUCCAGCCCCCGCCGGCCAGGAGGGGGAAGGUCCCUGGCCCAGCACCGGCAGCUCAGCCUGGGACCGCGGCAGCACCUGGGCCUUUGGCAGCAGCCAGGCCGACGGGCGCCACGGCUUUGUGCCAGGGACCCCCCUGGAUUCGGAGCCGGAGGAAGGGGUGGACGUGGCCAAAGAUGAAGCUGCUCUCAAGGUCAUCCGAGAGCAGCUCCAGUGCAGAGAUAAGGAUGAGGGGCAGCAGCUCCUGUUCCUUCAGGCCGUCUACCCCGCCUGUCUGGCUGCACGGGAGAGAGGGGAGGACACGCUGGAGCCGCGCUGCUGCAAGGCGGCUGUGGCGAAGAGGAUCGUGGUGUCAGUCGGGCCUGAAUCUCACACGCUCCUUUGUCUCCUUCGCGUCUCACAGGAGCUCAUCGAGGAGCUUCCCGACGACUCGUCACCCAGCGCCGUCCUCGCCCACUCCCUGGCUGCAGUGGGCAACCUCUGCACCAUGAAACCUGCCCUGGAGCCAGACCUAGAGACCCACCUCUUGCGAGCUGCCCUUCACUCCGUCUUCACCCUGGGCACGGAGAAGGACACCACCGGCAUCCAGGCUCUGCACAAAGUCAUCCCAGAGGUCCUGGAUGCCAUGCUGGGGAAUCUGCUGGCAGAGUCCCCAGACACAGACAGGCUCCACUUCAUCUUGGAGCAUGUCAACUUCUGGGUCGUGUCCAGGGUGUCCCAGGAGCGAGCCAGGGCCAUCAGGAGCAGCACAGCCCUGCUCAGAUACACAGUCUCCCUCCCUGAGUUUGACGUAAGUGACCUCCGACCCCAGCUUGCUGGCUCCUGGCGGAGGCGGGCUGGCUCCGGCGGGCUGCAGGAUCUGCUGCUGCCGGGGCCGUGGCUUAGGAGGGUUCUUCAUGGGGAGGCAGGGUCAGAGCAGGGACUGAGGUCGGCUUGAGUCAAGUUCUUCUUGUCCUGGUUCAG